AUGAAUCACAGUUACAACAAUCAUAGGCGAUCAAGGCACUCGCAUCAACAUAGGCCUCGACAGAAUCUACGCCGAUUUCCUGAUAGGUGGGACAGAUAUGACAACGUCGGAAGAGAUAUUGAAGGCACACGAUUCGUGCCGUUCAAAACACCACUAGAUGACUCAUUUUUCUAUGGAAAAGAUUUGCCGCAAGAGCUUCAGUUCGGCGUGAGAUCACUAAUAAACAUGGCUAGACAAGCUAAUAAAGAAAUUGGACUCGUCAUUGAUUUGACGAAUACCGACCGCUAUUACGAUAAAACGGAAUGGGCCGAUCACGGAGUCAAGUACAUAAAAUUGAACUGCCCUGGGCAUGAAGUCGACGAGCGCGAAGAUUUGGUCGAGAAAUUCAUUGACGUCGUCAAAGAGUUUGUCGAAAACCCCGAAAAUGGCACCAAACUCAUCGGUGUUCAUUGCACACACGGCCUCAACCGCACCGGCUAUCUGAUAUGUCGAUAUUUGAUCGACGUUGAGAAUUACACAGCCGCCGACGCGAUUUCAGUGUUUGAAUUCUAUCGCGGUCAUCCCAUGGAGAGGCCGAAAUACAAAAAAUCACUAUACGACGCCGAAUUGUACAAAAAAGGACUGCUGCCAAGGCAGGAGUCGGAAUCCACCGAAGAAGGCGCUGGCGAUUCAAGCGCUCACCAAACCUGUACACCAUAA